CCCCUCAGACACCUUCCUCCACGAGCCGUGAGCUAGGAUGCGUUUCACCUGCAGUGCCUGGCCUACAAGUGAGUGACGAUGGCAGGGAGAACGUGACCUGCACGGUCCCUUUUCCACCCACUGAGUGGCACCACCAUGCAGAAGCCCAGCGGCCUGAAGCCCCCCGGCCGUGGGGGAAAACACUCGAGCCCCAUGGGCCGGACGUCUGCUGGGUCAGCCUCAGCCUCUGCCACGGCGGCAGCCACUGGCUCCAAGGAAGGCUCCCCACUGCACAAGCAGGCCUCGGCACCCUCUGUGGCUGUGCCUGCUGCCUCUGAGAAGCCUGGCCCGAAGGCAGCCGAGGUGGGCGAUGACUUCGUGGGGGACUUUGAGGUCGGCGAGCGGGUAUGGGUGAAUGGCGUGAAGCCAGGUGUGGUGCAGUACCUGGGCGAGACACAGUUUGCACCCGGCCAGUGGGCCGGCGUGGUGCUGGACGAGCCCGUGGGCAAGAACGACGGCGCUGUGGGCGGCGUGCGCUACUUUGAGUGCCCGGCCCUGCAGGGCAUCUUCACGCGGCCCUCCAAGCUCACCCGGCAGCCCACGGCUGAGGGCUCGGGCAGCGACACCCACUCGGUGGAGUCGCUGACCGCCCAGAACCUGUCGCUGCACUCGGGCACGGCCACACCCCCGCUGACCAGCCGCGUCAUCCCGCUUCGGGAGAGUGUCCUCAACAGCUCCGUCAAGACAGGCAACGAGUCGGGCUCCAACCUCUCGGACAGUGGCUCCGUGAAGCGGGGUGACAAGGACCUGCGCUUGGGAGACCGUGUGCUGGUUGGCGGGACAAAAACUGGCGUGGUGCGUUAUGUGGGGGAGACGGACUUUGCCAAGGGCGAAUGGUGUGGCGUGGAGCUGGACGAGCCCCUUGGGAAGAACGAUGGGGCGGUGGCAGGCACCAGGUACUUCCAGUGCCCACCCAAGUUUGGUCUCUUCGCGCCCAUCCACAAGGUGAUCCGCAUCGGCUUCCCGUCCACCAGCCCAGCCAAAGCCAAGAAGACCAAGCGUAUGGCCAUGGGUGUGUCAGCGCUGACCCACAGUCCCAGCAGCUCCUCCAUCAGCUCCGUCAGCUCUGUGGCUUCCUCUGUGGGGGGCCGGCCCAGCCGCAGUGGCCUGCUCACGGAGACCUCUUCCCGCUACGCCCGCAAGAUCUCCGGCACGACUGCCUUGCAAGAGGCACUGAAGGAGAAGCAGCAGCACAUUGAGCAGCUGCUGGCUGAGCGGGACCUGGAGCGGGCUGAGGUGGCCAAGGCCACGAGCCACAUCUGCGAGGUGGAGAAGGAGAUUGCCCUGCUCAAGGCGCAGCAUGAGCAGUAUGUUGCAGAAGCAGAGGAGAAGCUGCAGCGGGCCCGGCUGCUGGUGGAGAGCGUGCGGAAGGAGAAGGUAGACCUGUCCAACCAGCUGGAGGAGGAGAGGAGGAAGGUGGAGGACCUGCAGUUCCGCGUGGAGGAGGAGUCCAUCACCAAGGGAGACCUGGAGACCCAGACACAGCUGGAGCACGCGCGCAUUGGGGAGCUGGAGCAGAGCCUACUGCUGGAGAAGGCGCAGGCCGAGCGCCUGCUCCGAGAAUUAGCCGACAACAGGCUGACCACGGUGGCUGAGAAGUCGCGGGUGCUGCAGCUGGAGGAGCGGCUGCUGUCGGCCAGCAAGGAGCACCAGAGGGAGAGCGGCGUGCUGCGGGACAAGUACGAGAAGGCCCUGAGGGCCUACCAGGCCGAGGUGGAGAAGCUGCGGGCCGCCAAUGACAAGUAUGCACAGGAGGUGGUGGACCUCAAGGCCAAGGUCCAGCAGGCCACCAGCGAGAACAUGGGGCUCAUGGACAACUGGAAGUCCAAGCUGGACUCGCUGGCCUCGGACCACCAGAAGUCCCUGGAGGACCUCAAGGCCACCCUGAACUCGGGCCCCGGCGCCCAGCAGAAGGAGAUCGGGGAGCUGAAGGCUGUGAUGGAGGGCAUCAAGAUGGAGCACCAGCUGGAGCUGGGCAACCUGCGCGCCAAGCACGACAUCGAGAUGGCCAUGCACGUGAAGGAGAAGGACGGCCUGCGGCAGAAGCUGCAGGAGGCCCAGGAGGAGCUGGCCGGGCUGCAGCAGCACUGGCGGGCCCAGCUGGAGGUGCAGGCCGGCCAGCACCGGCUGGAGCUGCAGGAGGCCCAGGACCAGUGCCGGGACGCCGAGCUGCGGGUGCACGAGCUGGAGAAGCUGGACGCGGAGUACCGGGGCCAGGCGCAGGCCAUCGAGUUCCUCAAGGAGCAGAUCUCCCUGGCCGAGAAGAAGAUGCUCGACUAUGAGCUGCUGCAGCGGUCGGAGGCCCAGAGCAAGCAGGAGGCCGAGAGGCUGCGGGAGAAGCUGCUGGUCGCUGAGAACAGACUCCAGGCUGUCGAGUCCCUGUGUUCGUCCCAGCACACCAACAUGAUUGAGUCGAACGACAUUUCAGGGGAGAAGAUCAGGAUGAAGGAGACUGUGGAGGGCCUGCAGGACAAGCUGAACAAGAGGGACAAAGAGGUGACGGCCUUGACGAACCAGACUGAGAUGCUCAGGGCCCAAGUAAGUGCGCUGGAGAGCAAGUGCAGGUCGGGGGACAAGAAGGUGGACGUCCUCCAGAAGGAGAAGCGGCGCUUGGAGGCCGAGCUGGAGGCCGUGUCCCGGAAGACCCACGACGCCUCGGGCCAGCUGGUGCUCAUCAGCCAGGAGCUGCUCAGGAAGGAGCGGAGCCUGAACGAAUUGCGGGUAUUGUUGCUGGAAGCCAAUCGCCACUCCCCAGGGCCCGAGAGGGACCUGAGCCGUGAGGUCCACAAGGCUGAGUGGCGGAUCAAGGAGCAGAAACUCAAGGACGACAUCCGGGGCCUUCGUGAAAAGCUGACUGGGCUGGACAAAGAGAAGUCGCUGUCGGAUCAGAGGCGCUACUCCCUCAUCGACCCGUCCUCAGCACCUGAGCUCCUGCGGCUGCAGCACCAGCUGAUGAGCACAGAGGACACCCUGCGGGAUGCUCUGGACCAGGCUCAGCAGGUGGAGAAGCUCAUGGAGGCCAUGAGGAGCAGUCCCGACAAGUCCCCGGCCAUCGGCAAUUCGGGUUCUGCAAACGGCAUCCACCAGCAAGAAAAGACCCACAAACAAGAGGACAAGCACUGACCCUGAGGGCCAUCAUGGAGCAGCCCCGUCCACACCGGAGCCACUCCUUUCUUCCCCAGUGGCGCCCCCUCCAGGCAGCGGCCAGGACUGUUACUUUGGAGACAAGAACAGUAUUUGUAACAAUAAUGUACUUACCGUCUGGACAAUCCCCACCCUCAACCCCCUGCCGGACCAGGAGGCUUCCUCAAGCACGAACUUCCACAGAGAGCGGUACAGCCCGGAACCUGCAGCCCUGACGCCCAGGACACCCAGCAGCUUCUGGAAUGUGUUUGGGGGAGGCUGAGGCUAUCCGACCAGGCCCUCUCCCCAGAACAAGCUGCCCUGGGACCAUCCUGAGCUCGUCCCUACUCUCCCUUUCUUCCCUUCCUUCUCCAGGGUCCCCCUCGGAUCCCAGAGAACCAUGGUCCCAGGAAAGGUCAGAGGAUGCCCAGGGUCUCCUUGCAGGCACCAAGGAGCGAAGUCCGGGCCUCGGGAGCCACUGAGGACCCCUUUUCUGCACCCACUUCCAGGCAAGGCAGCUCCCAGGGCUGCUUGUCCCCACAUCCUGAGCCUCCUUCAAGCAGUGGCACAAGCUCCCCUUAGCCUGUCUGCCCAGUGAGUCCCAGGUUCAAGGUGUUGGGGUGCAAGGUCCUUCCCCCCCAAUACCAACAUACACACACAACUCCAAGCUGCUGGCCAGAGGGUGGCUGCCAAGGCCAGGAACACAGUAUUAAGAAAGUGGGAGCCCUGUCCUCACCCCCACACCGACCUGGCUUGGAGCUGGGGCAGGGUGGCUGCAGGGGAGUUGAGACCAGUGGCCCAGGCAUAUUGUAACUGGUCGGUAAUUCGGUGUCCCCUGGGCUGACUAGCUGUUCCAACACUGGGCCUCCCCCUGCAGGUGCAUUUGUGCACCUGACGUAUGCACCCACUAACCCUUGACUCCCGCACACUCACAGGGUCACGCAUGGCCAUGCAGGUGGGGUGUUUGCAUCAGCCCUGCUCAGGCCACACAGGUGCACACACUUGGGUUCCAGGACUGAGCCCCAAGCCAGGCAAGGCAGUGACCGCACACACCACAGACAUUCCUGCAAACUGGCAGUGCACGCACACACAGCUAGGCACACGCAGUGAGUGUUCAGGGGAGUGUGUGUGCCAGGCACAGGCAUCAGGAUGCACAGGUACCAACAGCCCCUUUCAAUCUUACCCAGCCCCGGCCCGAAGCCUUUAAACCUUGUCUCCAGAAAGAGAACCCAAGGGAUGUAGUUGGCAAGAAAAAGCUACGCACCUCUCCCCUCGAGCCCUGUGCGUCUCUCCAGGCCUGUGUGUGGCAGGAGAAGCCAGCUCUGGCCCAGCAGUGCCCACCUCUAGAGCUGGAGGGCCCACAGGCCAUGGCCUUGUGCCGCAGCACCGCUGCUGGGGGGUACAGGGGGGAGCCUAGCGCCCCAUCGUGGCAUUCCCAAGGUGCACCAGGACGGGUAUGCAGUCUGCCCAGGGAGCAGCCCAGGUAGCCUGCAAGUGCUCCCAGAUACGGGUGGGUGGUGCUCACCACCUUGCCGUCAACCUUGCCAUCGUGGGGGCAGCCAGUUUGUCCCAUCAGCCCCUCCCCCUCCCUGUUGGCUUUUGGUAGCUCUCGCAUGCUGUUUUAUUAACAACAGUCUAGGAGCGAUGCUCUAGUGGCCUAACCCAGAGUUAAUACUACUCUUUUCAGCAAAUUCAGGCAGCUGCCCCCCCCAAAGGAGGUGCUGAUUAGCCUACUAACAGCCAAAGGCCCACACCGGAGGGCUGAGCCCCGGAUGGGUUUGCAGGUGGCAGGUAUCACAGAAGCGAUUUCCAGUGAGCAUCUCUGACCAGUGUGGACUCAGCCACAUCCCUGCCAAGUCCUCCCCAUCCCCCUCCUCCCCGAAGUGGAAUUGUUGAAGUGUGGCAAGUCCGUGCUCGAGACAAUAAAGCUUGUGACUGAGGUCCAGGA